AUGGCUGAUACGAGAACUCGGAAGGCGAAGGACCGGCUCUUGGCUGUCGCCAAAGGCCCCCAACCGUCAGACUCAAUGCCGAAAGACUUCAUUGAGAGACUGAGGGCGUGCCUUGAGGCUGACCCUCUACUUCCGAGGCCUAAUCCAUCGAUUUCACUCUGGCAAGAACCCCCCCAUCCCACCUUGGCAACUGUUCAGUCCCCCAAUCUCCCUAGCUACGCCGGCUUUGUUGUCCUAGGCUCAGGGAUCACUGGAUGCAGCGUCACAAAGAGCCUAUUAGAGAACGAUAUAUUAGGCUCCGGUGAUAAUCCAAGCCAAGUUCUUGUCCUAGAAGCCCGGAAUCUUUGCAGCGGUGCUACGGGCCGUAAUGGGGGCCAGCUCGUCAGUCCCGUCGGACAUACGUUCGCGGGUUUGGUCGAACGCUUUGGCAAAGCGACUGCGAUGGAGAUGGCUCGAUUUAGCCUCAUGAAUAUUGAGCGCGCGAUGGACAUGGAAUUCCGCAAAGCGUUUCCAGAGCACAGAUAUCUUCACAAGGUUUUCGAGCAGGAGGAGUUGGCCAAGGAAUGGAAUGUCAAGGUUGGAUGUGGCACGAUCAUUCACAAAGCAGGUGCCAUAUGGCCAUAUCGAUUGAUUACUGGAAUCUUUCAAAGUCUUCUGGGCCAGUAUCCCAAUCGCUUGUCUAUCGAAACGAACACUCCAGUUACCGCCAUCUCCCAGUCUUCCUCUUCUCCAGAAGAGACAGCGAACUCGAUCUAUCAGUACGAGAUUACAACUCCUCGAGGAACUGUGCAUGCAAGACAAGUUAUUCACUGCACCAACGCCAACGCUUCGCAUCUUCUCAAGCCUCUGAGGGGUAAGAUGUACCCAUACAGAGGCACGAUGUCAGUCCAGAAAGCCGGCAAACAUCUGGAGAAUGUCGGGAACAGCGCCUCCUGGAGCUUGCUGAAUAAGUCUACGUUGGAUCACAACACAGGAUUGUAUGAUGGUGGCCUGUACUACUUGCAACAGAACGUGUUGACGGGAGACAUUUGGGUUGGAGGGGGAAGCUCGAGCAUUUUCGGCACACUCUCGUCUGAUGACACGUCGGUGCCCGGCCAGGCUAUGAAGGAUCUGGCGAGGUUCCUUCCUAAUUACUUUUUCAAGGGAUGGCCCCAGGGAGAGGAACCCGAGAUCCGGGGGAUGUGGACCGGACUUCAAUGUCAUACAUCGGAUGGGUUACCCUUGAUCGGAAAGAUCCCUGGGUCCGCUUCAGGUCGUAAGAGUAGCACCGCCGAGUGGAUUUGCGGAGGAUACAAUGGAUACGGUAUGGACAAGGCCUGGCUACCAGGCGAGGCACUUGUGAAGAUGAUUGCUGGCGAAGGUGUGCCUGAGUGGCUUCCGAAGGCAUUUUUGCUCACAGAGACCAGAUUUGAGCAGGCCUUGACCCUCGAGAAAGCACUGGAUAGAUGGGUUUCGUUAGCACGAGAGUCAAAUUAG